AUGUCAGUGGAGACAGCAUGCGAGCACACCCACCUAGUGCACUCUAGUGAAGGGGAAGCCUCUGGAGAUGGGCCCGCUGCGUUAACAAGGAGAAUUGGUGGUUGGGUUUUGUAUGUUACUGCUCAAGGUACUCCUGCCUCCCCUCUGUUAACACAUGGGAACGUAUCUGUCCGCCUUCCAAGUGUCACCGCCAGGUCGACCGCCUUUGGGAAAGAGAUCAGGCCGAUAUCGAAACAAAAAAGAUCUGGGGUCAAGCCAUUCAGCAUGAUUCCAGACAUCCUCGGAACCAGGCCGGCGGGUAUGGUUUAUUUGUCAAGUCAGUUUCCAGUUCCUGGGGUGAAACAUGAGGUUACGUUGAAGAUGGGAGCGCGCUUAACCACCACCGAUGGCACUAUACCGAACGCUAAACAUUCAGCCUCUGGCAACUCACUCCGGGACAUUGAAGAUGAGAGGCACAGUAAUAGACGAACAGACGAGGUCAUCACCAACGGCUACAGUAUGAUUCUCUUUCUCCUCCUGACUGUUGCCUCGAAGGGUCUUCUCCAAAUAUUCAUUUGUUGGGGACCACGGAGGGACCCAGCAUCUCCAAGGCAAUCCGGCAUCUCAUUUGUGAAUGGCAGUGACGAUGAGAAACAAAGGACAAGGAAGGAAGGUUUCUGA